AGUCCCCAGCUCCGGUAUGAGGCCGGGCUGAGCGAUGUGCGAGCAGGCAGCGCGCUACUGCCGGGCCGGCGUGCAGAGGCUGCUGCGCAAGCCACCGCCGGCGCUCCGCGGGCUGGACGGGCUGCUGCGCUGGGUGGUGGCCAGGAUGAGCGACAAGGGCGUCGGCGAGCGGGAGCUGCUCACCCCGGGCGCCGCUGCCGCGCAGAGGAAGGGCACCUCCGUCAUCCUCGAUAUUUUCAGAAGAGCUGACAAAAAUGAUGAUGGGAAGCUGUCCCUGGAAGAGUUCCAGGCCUUUUUUUCUGACGGGACACUCAAUGAAGAAGAACUUGAGAAGCUCUUUCAUACCAUUGAUUCGGACAACACCAACAACGUGGACACCAAGGAGCUGUGCGACUAUUUUGCUGACCAUAUGGGAGACUACGAAGACGUCUUGGCCUCACUGGAGAUGCUGAACCUCUCCAUCCUGAAGGCGAUGGACUACACCAAACGGGUCAUCAUCCUGUUCAGCGGUGUUGUCUCCUCAUGCGGUUGCAUUUGUGCGGUGUACGAGAGCGGCAGCAACGUGGACCAGUUUGUGACCCGCUUCCUGCUGAAGGAGACGGCAAACCAGACCCAGUCACUGCUGAGCUCUGUGGAGAGCGCCGUGGACGCCAUUGACGAGCAAACCAACCCCGCCAGGCACUGCCCCAGCAAGGCUGGCCACGGUCUGAUGGACGCCUGGUACGACAGCCCCGUGCCCAGCUACUCGCCCACCAGCCGGGUGGUCCCCAGGGAGCACGGGAAGAGCUUCCAGAUGGGUUCCCCCGACACCAAGGCGGAGGGGCUGGAGGGGCAGAUCAACAGGCUGGCCGAGCUGAUCGGCAGGCUGGAGGACAAGACUCUCUGGUUUGACCUGCACCAGCGGCUGUCGGACAGCGAGAGCACAGCUUGCACGUACCUCCUCCUGGUGCGGGACGAGAUGACGGUGUCGCACAAGCACCUGGGCGAGUUUUGCAGCUCCCUGAAGCAGUACCUGAAGAGCGUGGCCGGGGAGCGGGACUGCUUCCAUGUCACUGCAGUGAAGCUGCCCGAUGGGGUCACCUUCAUCGUCUACGAGUUCUGGGAGACUGAAGAGGACUGGAAGAGGCACCUGCAGAGUGCCACCUGCAAGGGCUUCCAGCACGUCAAGGUGGACACGCUGAGCCAGCCCGAGACCGUCUCCAGCGUGGCUGUGCCAGCCGCCUGGUGCACCCUGAGCCGAGAGUGACCGCCGGUGCCGGGGGGGGCCCCACCAGCGCCCGUCCCCGCUGCGGGGGGGGCCGUGACCCCCUACAUGGCUUGGGGGGGGGGGGCGGGAGUUGUCGGUGUGACCUGUCAGCAGUGAAGGAAACCCCCGUGUC